AUGUUGAAUAUUUUAUCUUACGUCGGCAUGAGCUUGCAGGCGGAAGUUUGCUUGUGGACAUUACUGGGGCUUGUGCGAACCAUCUUUGACGCCACGCUCUUUAAAGUGAACGCUAAUCUAAAACAGGUUUGGCAAAUGAAUAUGCCUCCAGAACUUUCGAUGUCGGUUCAGCGAGUACUGAGGACUAUGGUAUCCGGAGUGAUGCUUGUACAAUGUUUCACACUCUACGUGUAUCUUGCCUCGUACAUCGUGCUACUCUAUCCUGUUUUCUUGGAGGAACGUCCCACCCUGGUGCUCCCUUGGCUAUUGCUAGCUGCGAUAAGAAAAUUUUUGUGUGAGCUAACAAGUCUGGCUCUAGGCCUUGGUACUUGCGUGCUAUUGGGACCUGCCAGACCGCCAUGCGUCAGAUUUCUUAUUACCAAGAUUAUCUCCAUCACACCAGCAUUAUAUAUGUGGUUACUUGUUUUCAGCUACUAUCACGCACUGAAGAUGGAUUCAGCUUUCAAGACGUUCCCGGCAGUUGUACCUCCAAGUGAUCGGGAUUUCGGUCUUGAAUUAGCCGUUCGUAGGCGACGAACCAAAUCUUUAUUAGGUGAAGAUCAGCUGCGUCGGAAGAUUAUAGCAGGCCUAUAUGCAGAAAGACAAUCCAUAACCAAACCUCAUUUAACAACGCGUCUUAAAUUUGGUGAAACAGCUUAUGUUGUUCCUUCUGACAAUAGCGAUGCAGAUGUAAAGAAUGAAGCGGAUGUUAUGCGACCUAUGUCGGUCACUUCCAACAGAACUAUAUCAGAUACUGGCACAUUUGAAGACUGGCUAAACAAUGAAUUGGUAAUGCCACGUGAUACAGAUCGCAUACUUGAACAGUUUGCAACGAUGUCAUUAGGAAUAGUGGCAUAUUUGAAAAAAGACGGGACAGAUUCUUCAAAAUUUUUUGAUUCUUUAUCAACGAAGACAGAAAAGAACUUAAUGAAUUUAGAUUGCAAUGCUUUGUCAAGUGAGAACACAGACCCACCUCCAUUAGUUGGAAGUAGUAAAGGAAAAUUAGCUUCUUAUUUAACAGAUUACCCGCAAAUCUUUAUGAAAAAAGCUUCUGACAUUUUCCAACGAAAAUCUGAGUCGAAUGAAUUGGUGGAUAAAGAAACUGAGAAUGAAAUUGCUGAUAAGAAAGGUAGCUUUUCCCAUUCAUACGAUGAAACUGCUUAUUACGGUGAAAAAAGUUCUUUGAACGAAAUUAAUAACAUUAAACCUAGCGGCGAAUCUAGUUAUGUUUCACCGAAUAAUUCAAACAUUUUAGAAACGGAUUCGAGCCGUCCUAAAACUCAAGUAAGAUAUAACGAAAAGCCUGAAUUUAAUAUUACAAUGACACCAGAAUCAAACUCAAACGUAAGCUUUAAGAAUAUUAUUAAUGAUAUAAUAAGUCGAUUACCAUCGGAUUCUGUACUAAAGUCUGGAAAUAGAACCGAACACGACAUGGAGUCAAGGAAUACACCUCAAAGUCAGUCUACUUCAAAAUCAUCAUCGAGUGCAAGUUUUAAAUGA